AUGAGUGCAAGGGGAGACGAUAUUAUAGAACUGAUAAAUGCUGGCAGCUUCAAACGAGCCCUGCAAUUGACUUCAAAAAUGGUCAAUCAGUUUCCUACUAUGACAUAUGCUAAGAUUUUAGAGCAAUAUGUCAAAUUCCGGCAGAACAAAAAGAAGUACAGUUUUAACAAAGGAUUGCAACCAUUGUUGGAAGCCAUGUCACCACCUAGUGAUACAAGAUCUCUAGAGUUACUACACGAUUUUUUGAUAGAAUUGGGCAUGUUUGAAAAAGCGCUCGAUGUGUAUGCAACGGCUAUGCAGAAAUACCCUACAUUUGAACUUGGGUACAACUGGUUUUCAAAGGCUCUCCAGGACUUGAAUUUCAAGCAUAUGAGCCAGGCUGCAUUUCGGCUUCCUCGGUUUUCGUCUGAGCCACGUAUGUUGAAAUUCUGGCACGCAGUGUCAGUAGUGGCACUAUUGAAGUCACAGUCGGAGCCUUUGAGUAAACUGGAGCGCCGGGUGCACGCAGAGACGGCUUAUAAGUCAGUUGUUGCACUCAAGCCAUUUGAAUCGGAUCAAGAAACUAUCGUGUUCUGUCAUUUGUGCGAGCUGUGGCCAGACAAGUCGCAGGAAAUUGUCGAUGAGUUGCUGCCUGCCUUGCUGCAAGGAAGUACUAGUUCUUCGGUAGAUUUGUAUCUCAAAAACUUUCUGAUCAAGCAUCUAAGGACUGUGGAUGACAGCGCGAAUAUGUUCAACAGCUGUUGCAAGUUUUUAGAGUAUUUCGAUGACUUUGAGGUCCUCAAGGAAUUAAUUCGCAGCGGUCAAGCUACGGGACGGACCGAGUCCGAACUUAAAUUGCUACUCCAGUCGCGCGACUCGCGCAAUCACCGUCUAGCACAUCUGGAGAUCGAUUCGGUCUACAGCGGACGUAUUUCGGAUGAUUCCCUAGCACACUACUUGGAGCGCUUCCACAACAAGCCUUGUUGUGUUGCAGAUAUUUUACAUUACGGAGGAGUGCUCACUGCUGUACAGGUGCGGACUGUGUUCGACUCGCUGCCAGCCGGACUUAUCCACGACUGCAACCGGUGCAAGCUGGGUGAAAAUGGCAAGUGGAGUGACGGAUUACGUGAUCCACUACCUGCGCCCAGUGUGAAGGAAUACGAGAUUCUGCUGGCAAAGUAUCAGAGUACGCUCGAUUCAAAGCCUAAGACGGACUACUCGGCGUGCUCACACUUUGUACUCAAGAUUGUGGAGUCACUCGUGCAGGACGACAAACUCACGCAGGCCAAUGCGCUCACAGCUGUUUCGCUCCUGGAGGGCUACCAAACUAAAGAUCCGCACAAUUAUGACACUCGCGUUUGGUUGAUAGUGUUGUAUUGCUAUCUGGGAGCGCCUGCCAUCGCAUACGACCAUUACGCGGAGUUGAAAAUUAAGAACGUACAACAUGAUGUACUCGACCAUCUGCUUGCUUCGCGCGUGGCCACCGUGUUCCCGGAUAAGCAGCAUCCGUAUGUGCGCCAGCUGCUUGAGGGCGACCGUCUGUACGAGUCGGCCGAUAAUCUUCCUCAAUUUAUCCGGGUGGCAUUUGAGCGCCGCAGCUAUAGCAAGAUUUUUGGCAUGCUGGAGCUGAAUGACCGUCUUAACCGGUCCAGUAUGCGCUGGCUCAAAAUUUCAGAGCGUUUGCAGUUGGCUCGUGUGGUCAACGACAAACGCGGUGAUCAGCUGCGCAAGCUGCACGAGUCCUGGCGCCAGUUACAGAUGUGCGAGGUGACUGCAUCGACAGCUGCAACGGCUCCAGGCACAACAGACGCUGCGCCAGCCGCUUCCGUUUUAAGUGAUAAUCGUGACUUUGACGUUGUCGGAGGGAUGCGCGUCACGUGUACAGAUGUUCUGCGCUACAUCGACGUGGGCAACGCACAAAUACUGGACGCGUGCGUACGUGAGAUGAUGUGGGAGAUGGUCGCGCUGGGCGAGCGUGAUCAGGAUGUUGACGCGUACCUGGCGGCGCGCGACGCAGUUGCAGACAGCGACCGCGACGGCGACAGUGACGAGCCAUCAGGUCACGUGACUCCUACUGACGCUUGGGCUUGGAGCGUUGUUCGCCAUCUAUAUGAGCGUGGUUGCGAUGACGGCACUGCAAUUGCAGCGCUUAUUGAGGCCGCGCCGCCUGUACGCCCCACCGGCUGGCAGCUCGUGCACGACUACGUGGGCCGGCUCGCUACUCUCAAGACGCUCGACAACACACGCCGCAUCAAGGACCAGCUUGCGCGUCGUGCUAUCAAGGCUCAGCUGCGCAGCUCGCGCGACGCGUGCCAUGCAUUGUUUGAUGAGUACAUCGCUAUGCUCGAAGCCAGCCGUCCAAACGCACAAUUACUUGCGGAAUUCGGGUUCCGUGACUGCACUGCUAAAGUGGUUGCGGGGGUGCGUUCGUCAUUCCGUACGGCUUGUAAUCUAUAA